AUGAUCACCGGCACAUCGCAAGCCGACGCAGCCAUCCUCAUCAUUGCCUCUGCGCAGGGUGAGUUCGAGGCUGGUAUCUCCAAGGAUGGACAGACCCGCGAGCACGCGUUGCUGGCCUUCACUUUGGGUGUGAAGCAGAUGGUUGUGUGCUGCAACAAGAUGGACGACAAGACUGUGAACUACGGACAGGAGCGGUAUGACGAGAUUGUGAAGGAGGUGUCUGCUUACAUCAAGAAGGUUGGGUACAACGUGGAGAAGGUGCGCUUCGUCCCCAUCUCCGGAUGGCAGGGCGACAACAUGAUUGAGAAAUCCGAGAAGAUGCCAUGGUACAAGGGUCCAACGCUCCUGGAGGCACUAGACAUGCUGGAGCCACCAGUGCGUCCGAGCGACAAGCCCCUGCGUCUGCCACUGCAGGACGUGUACAAGAUCGGUGGUAUUGGCACCGUGCCCGUUGGUCGUGUGGAGACCGGCGUGAUGAAGCCUGGUGAUGUGGUGACGUUUGCCCCCGCCAACGUGACGACCGAGGUGAAAUCGAUCGAGAUGCACCACGAGCAGCUCGCUGAGGCGACCCCCGGUGACAACGUCGGCUUUAACGUGAAGAACGUUUCUGUAAAGGACAUCCGCCGUGGCAACGUCUGCGGUAACACCAAGAACGACCCCCCAAAGGAGGCCGCCGACUUCACGGCACAGGUGAUCAUCCUGAACCACCCCGGACAGAUUGGAAACGGUUAUGCGCCCGUGCUGGACUGCCACACAUCGCACAUUGCCUGCAAGUUCGCGGAGAUCGAGUCGAAGAUCGACCGUCGCUCUGGCAAGGAGCUGGAGAAGGCUCCCAAGUCGAUCAAGUCUGGCGACGCCGCGAUCGUGCGCAUGGUGCCGCAGAAGCCUAUGUGCGUGGAGGUCUUCAACGACUACGCGCCACUCGGCCGCUUUGCCGUGCGUGACAUGCGCCAGACCGUCGCUGUCGGUAUCAUCAAGGCCGUGACCAAGAAGGACGGUUCUGGUGGUAAGGUGACGAAGGCUGCGGUGAAGGCUUCGAAGAAAUAA